CGUUCUGCCAAAUCACAUGAAGAAACACUAGAAAUGUGAAUGACUUAGCUCAGGCUUAGUCGACCCAAACAGCAGAGGGUCUUUAAUGAAGAAGUGUGUGAAGGUCACCUAGAAUAUAAUGCUUGUGGUCAACAUGUUCUUUCUUAAUGUAUAGGAAAAUAGUAAAUUGUGUAAGCCAGGGCAACUCCAGGAGCAGAUUUGGGAACCACUUACCAUAAAGAGAGAGAGUUAGUUAGAGAGACAAUCACAGGGGUAAGAGGAACUUCCCACACUUCCCACGUUCUGUAAAGCUUGGUUGCAGCAUACUUACAGUAAAACCCCUCCGGUCCAGCAGUUCCUUUCAGAGCAGUUUGUAAUCUCUCUGUGGAGUAGCUGAGGCCGAGAUGAGCCUGCCAACCAGGGAGCAGUUUGAGGAGUGGAGUCCAGCACAGGUGGCUAGCUACCUGUCUCAGAAUAAGAUGAGAGAAUGUGCCAUGACAGUGCAGAAAAUGAAGAUUGAUGGCCGCUGGUUUCUGAGCCUCUCUGAUACAGACUUGAACAAGUUCAGUCUCAUCCAUCGACCGCAGCUUCAAAAAAUGGUCCAGGAUAUCAAAAAGAAUGACGACAGCAUUUUCAACAGAUUGAAAAGGUUUCAGAAUGAACAGACGGCUAAUAUUCUCAAAACUGGACGCAGCACAUUGGACAGGAUAAAAAACAAAGGACCUCCGAAAGUGCCUGCAAGAGACUAUCCUGGUGAUAACCAUGACGCUGAGUGGUCUGGGUCAGAGUUUGAUAGUGAUGUGUAUGAAGACCCACAGGGUGAACAUGAUGACAACUAUGAGCCUCCCCCAUGCGAAAGAGUCUUCACUCCUACCCCAUCCAACAGCUACCCUGUAGGAGAAUACCUGGACAAAUGUCCUGGUCGGCCGACACAAACAAAACGGAUCAAACCCCUCCUGCCAGCCAAACCUCCAUUUUCAGAGAAGCGAAAUCAAGCAGCAAGGGAUGAUGAAGACUACAUUGAUCCAGAGGAUGGCACAGAUGAGGAUAAUUACAUUGAUCCUUCUGAGAAAGACCCUCAUGGAAACAAAGGAAAACACCUGGGCAUCCCAAGGCGUUCACACAGCCCAGAUGUGUAUGAAGUUCCGGACGCGGAGGAUUCUCCAGGCACCAGUAGGUGCAGCACAAAGCAUCAAACUCCUGCUCUAAGGCUGCCCCCUAAGCCCAGUCCAAGAAUGAAUAUUAAGAAGCCAGCUCCCUGCCCAGAGCCAGACGACGAUGAUGACUAUGAAGUGUGCAAUACUGAUGACUCACCAACUUCAUCUCUGCAAGGUUUGGCUGAAAGGCCAGAGAAGAAGGCUGCAGAAGACAGACGGUCAUCCUUCCCGGUACCACUGCCAAGAGAAGCGAAGCUCCAAAAACCACCACUUUUUCCGAAAGCAGGUAUUUCAACAAGAGACCAUGAAGCUUCGCCUGCAAGCAUGGCUCGAGAUCCACCAAAUCCUGGAUUCUAUCGUGCAAAGAUGUCUCUGCCUCGCGAGAUCCCCCACCAGAAGCCCCCAGCAGCAGAGAGAGGAAGCUUAUCUCGGGAGGACAGUGGAACUAGACAGCAAGAGGAGGAGGCCGGUGUGUAUAAGAGGGCCUGGUAUGCCAGCGAUUGUGACCGCAAAAAAGCAGAAGAUGCUCUGAUUCGAUCAGCCAAGGACGGGUCUUACCUAGUGAGGAAAAGCUCAGGUGUUGAUGCCCUGCAGCCCUACACCCUGGUGGUGUUCUACAAUGGCAGAGUGUAUAACAUCCCAGUGCGCUACAUUCCCACCACAAAACAAUAUGCCCUUGGCAAGCAUAAGAACGGAGAGGAGCGGUUUAGUACCGUCUCUGACAUAAUUGAGAACCACCAAAAGAAUGCACUCGUGUUGGUGGACACACAAAGCAACACCAAGGACUCCACCAAGCUGAGGCACACAGUGAAGCUGUGAGAACUCUUCACUGUAAGAAAACUUCUGAACUGCCAGAAUUCUACAGAACAUCCUGGAACCACU